AUGGACUCAAAGACAAGGGUUGACCUGGUCCACGAUGUGAUUCCAAUUGCAGAGCUUGAGCUGUGCAAGGCGAGUCAGCUGUGGCUCGAGCAAGCACUUUAUGAAACCACCAAGCUCAAGAUUACACUGACAUAUGACGAUCAGUGGAGUGUUGGUACAGAUCGCCCUAAAGAAUAA